GUGAGUUCUCAGCGGGUAACUUUUAGAAUUAUUUGAGGCGCUUGCUUUCCCGCUUUCCUGGGCUGCCGUCUUGCCAGAGGCUGCAGCGCGCAGCCCAGCUCCGGUGAAGCAAUGGAGGCAAGUAGCUCGGGCGGUAGGGAAAGAGGAAGAAAAGCGAGACAUGAAACUUCAGACGCGGAUGUUGCAUUUGUGCCGUUACUCAGCCAAGUUGUGACCGAAUCUACGGCGCCCACGCCGGCGGAGCAUCGUAGCCAGAGAGGUGCAAAUGCUCGGGAUGAUUUUACUCUUUCCUUUCCUCGGAAAGAAAGAAUUGGAUCUGGCAUGGUAACAAGCGGCCCAGGAACGUCAACCACUUCUAAAAAAACAAUUCUACAAGCGGUCCAGGCCCCCGAGAUGACAGCGACGAUCCCCGCGGGUGUGGCCUUCCUGAGCUUCAUCACUAAAAAUGAACCGAGCGAAAGUUCUAGUUCGCGUCAUAGUAGGAUGAAACAAGACUUCUACGCGGAGCAGGAUGAAAAUCAUCACCCAAGAAAGAACACGAAGUGGCAAAAGUUUUUGCCGCCGAGGGGAAAGAGCAAUCUUGUAACUCUUCACCGGCACCAGCGACGAGAGCGGCGGCGGGAAGAAAAAACUCUGAAGCAGCACCGAAGUAGCGCAGCUUUUUGUUCUCCUGUAGUACUAGUAGAGAGGAGCAGGCCGCACGCGACAAGAACAUCUUCUUCUGCUGCAAAUGGCCACAAGCAGAAGGUGGAGCCUCUUCUAAAAUGCCUGUCUAGAACAAGGGGGCGACCACUUAGGGUGAAGAAACUCCUUUCCUGCGCUGGCCUCGCGGCAGCAUUGUGUAGUUCGACGACGUACUUCUAUACGGCUACCGAUGCGGUUGUGACUGGCACUGCGCACAUCAAGCCACCGCCGAGUAUUAUUGCAAGAAAAAACUGUUUCGCCGUGAACUUGUGACGCAUAGAACGGAGCACAGAAGUUGUAUUUGGCGUGCUCCAUAUGCAAGAUAUUGUUGAAAAUCUCGGUGAUUUUCUUUUGAGGAACCACACAACAUGGCAAGUUUUGUUUAUCAUGUGUAACGAACUUGCGAUGCAGAACUUGCGAAGUAAGUACUUGCAGUGAAACACUUUUUUCGUACGAGAGUUACUAAUCCCUCCUCAAAGAAAAGCCUUAAAAGUACUAGUUCGCCCAGCACAACAACACUGGCCUCUUCUUCAUCAGCCUCCGCGUCGUCUUUUGCUGCUUUGACCCCCGCUAGUAAAGCAGCACAGGAACGAGGACAGGGACAGGAGACAAUGAAGAAAAUGAAGGUCGAGCUACAUACAACUAGAAACCCCGUAGAAGAUCAUUUGAGCGGCGUCUCAGCAGCUGCAAAACCUAGAAGUGACGAGGAACAACCGCAACUACGAGAACUCCAAGGGAACGCUGACGCGGCGGGCCAUGAGGAGACCGGCACUACUGCAGGAGCACAACUCAGCUCCACCUCGAUCGCCGACAGGAGCACGAAGGAAGCGCAGGCUGCACUAGCAAAGAAGAUAAAGUCUGGUGAGCCCCCUGUGUUGGCGUCGGCCGUGGGCAAGUUGGAAGCUUCUGUGGACGAGCAUGAAGCUGCACAGCAGCAGGCGCAUAAAGCUGUGAAAUCUUCCUCGCUUGUAGGAGACACGACGAGAACGAAGUAUCAAAUGUAAAUAUGUCUGGGUCUGGAAGGUGUCGUGCUGUUACUGUUUUUGCAUGACACAGAAGGUCUCUCGGUUUCUCGGUUUUUUGUCAUGCGGUUUCUCGGUUUGGUCAUGCUCACCUCUGUUCUCGUAGCACGUUUCUAACCUGGUCGUCUUGGUUUGUCAUGCUUGUCAUACCGACCUCGAGGUUUACCUGGCCAUUUGCAUGAUAGUCCUUGGACUUGGACGCUGGUGCUACGAUCGCAACUCCUCUUCCGGACUUUUUACCGUUCUGCUAGAAAUACGAGAUACCAUUUUUUAGGAUGGUUUUUUGCUGUAGGGGGGACUGUGUCAUAGCGUAUCGCUUCACUCCUUUUGUACGGUUUUUUUGUUCCCUCGGUGCUGGGAUACGAAGUUUGCACAGUGCUAUUUCUACCUAGAUAGAAACAAAACUCACGUCCCAGCCGUCCCAGGAGGUUUUGUUGCUGUCUCUCGAUAGAAAUCGCGCUGUUCAAGUUUCUAUCUUAGAGUUUACCGAGUACGCGGUUUAAGUUUGUAGUCUCGUUGUUUAAACAGGGACGCCCUGCCCUUAGUCUCCCAACAUGACACAGAAGGUCUGGUAAGGAAGCCCCAGCAUCACAGAUUUCGAGAAGGUUUCGCAAUGCCUGAUGCGCAUGACAAAUCCCCCAUUUUGGUGACAGGAAGUGGGCAUCUUUUGCUGGCUAUGCAUGAGAGAUGUGUGUGUCAUGUGAAAUACGCAUCACAACUUUACAUCUUCCAGACCCAGACAUAUUUGCAGUGCAUAAGAAGUCCGAAGAUACAACUCCCUCUACUUCCGCGGAGAUGAAAGAGGCGCAAUCGGCGCUGGUGAAAAAGAUAUCAAAUGCAAAUAUGUCUGGGUCUCGAAGGAUCGAACUUGUGAUGCGUCCGAUGGAUCACACAAAAAUCUGUCUUGCGCGAUCGCCAAAAGGUGCCCUUUUCUGACCACCAUCAGAGGAAGUUUCUCAUGCAGUACAGGCAUGAUAGAGUUAGAGACCUCGCAGAAUCUGUUAUGCUAGGUCCGGCAUUUUUCCAAACCUCAUGGGGCAUGGAAAUUCUGCACGACAAGUUUACUUACACUCUUCCAGACCCAGACAUAAUAUUUGGACUUGAUAAAAGAUAAAGGCAGGGAAGCCCUUGCAGUCGUCAACCUCCGAGCUGACAUUUAGCGUGGAAGAAGAGCCAGGGGAGCGGGGGGACAACGACAAAGAAAGUGGGCAGGAAAUAAGCGACGUGGUAAAAAGCACGACAAGUAGUUCCUGGUACGACAUAAACAACGUGAAGGAUGCGCAAUCUGCAUUGGCGAGGAAGAUAAGAACUGGGGAAGAGCUGAAGUCGACAACCAAUUACGCUAUCGGAAACUGCACUGUCCCCAGAAAUUCGAAGUGUUUUCCAUUCCAAGCGCAGGAUGAAUGAUGAUGAGUCGUUUUUUGUCUAUCUCUACGCAAGAAAGGAACGCCACGCACUUCUUUUCAUUUUCGAGAUCGAUUUUGUAUAUUGCAAUCAACACGGCAGAGGCAGAUAUCGACUCGAUAAUGCAAUAUGUGUAACGCGGAUAAGUAGAGUUUCGACACGUUCUUUUCGCAGGGAAAUUUUGCAUCGAAAAGGUGGUUUUGUGGUUGUGUAAGUAUCGGAAACAAUUAUUUUCCAACAAUCUAAGUCGGGGGCACUGUGUUUCCCGCUGAUGCUAGUGAGCUGCACUUCAAUUUGGAGGCGAAAGGGUCCGGUACCGAAGCACGGCUUCUGGGGAAAAAAGUCAACGCAGGAAGUGCGGUCUCGACUACGCACUUAUACACGUGCGGCGGGGAUGUGGCCGGUAGGGUGGCACUACCGAACGCGUAUGCCGCUUGUCAGUUGAAUCUAUGUGCCGACGCCGCCACGGGAAAUCACUACUUCGAAGUCGAUCCAAACUACCCGGCUCCCAUUCAAGGCGAGUUCAUAGGGGAUGUCGGGAAACAAUUUGAUUUCGAUGACAAAGGCAAGAGCAAUUUGGCAUACCAGGAUUCUGUGCAAAUGGAGGAUCAGUCGCCAGAGAUACAGCAGGCGAUUGUGCAGAACUGCUGUCGGCGGCCGGAGAUGAAUGACGGCAGUGUGUGCCCGACGAGUAAGUAAGUGCUAAGUAGUAAUUACAAUAUUAUCUUCCAUUGGUCCUUUAUUUCCUUUCACGACUUCUGAGGUUUGAUUUCUAGGAGCGCCCCGACGUCCCGGCGGUUUUGACAUUCCAAUUUCAUCAAACCUGUGCUCCAACAACAGCCACGACGACCACCACCACCUUCGCUUGCUCUCACAACGAUGUCGUGACCCUAUGAACUGCAAAUAUCCCUGGAUGUCUGGAAGGAUGCGACUUGUGAUGCGCAUUUCGCAACACAUAAAAAUCUCGGCAAAAGCUGCGCACUUUUUGUCACCAGAAUGGGGAAUUUGUCAUGUGGAUUCGGCAUUGCGGAAGCUUCUCGAAACCUGUGAUGCUAGAGCUUCCAUGCCAGACCUACUGCGUCAUGCAAAAGCAGCAUGACUCGUCCAGACCCAGUCAUAUUUGCACUGGAUAGACCCUUUGCAGUGAAAACGAAUGCGACGGCGUUGAGACUACCGGAGCCACUUUCCAGCCGGUGUAUGGUAUUUCCGUGAUGGCCACUGCAAUAGACGUGUGCUGCCAAAAGCCAAAGAAUUGGGAAGAGAACAAGAAUAUCGAGUGCAAAUAUCUUAUCUCUGGGCCUGGACGAGUGAAAAAGUACCUUGUAAUGGGAACUCUGGAUUUGGAUCGUUGCAUGAGCUCGAAGUAAAGUUGCUGAAUGUCUGCUACGCAAGUAGCGCAUUUCUCGUGUAAGACUGACAUUAAGAGGCGUGCUCCUGCGGCGAGGAACCUGCAGUGGUUUUGCGUGCAUCUAAGAUCCAUCGUGCGAUGCAAAGCCUGCAUGACAAACACCUGCAUCUUUGUAGACCCAGACAGUUCUGCAUUUGAUAAAGAAAUGCCCAACGACAACGUCAACGAGUACCACGACUCUCAAGUCUAUCCAAGAACAAAACAUACUCACAAUGUUCACUUUUGCACAGUUUUGCAAUACAAAAAAUUCGUGUCAUCGCCAUGUGUCUGUUGUGUUUCCGCAAUAUGUUAUGCUAGAGGUGCAAAAAUGUGAAAACUGUGACUGUCGCGGUGUUUUUUCCUUGGAUGCAGUCUUGUGAGGACGAAGAUGAUGUCGUGGGCUACCCACUGGAAUACUGCCUGAUCAACCAAUGCGCGGACAAAAACGGUCAGUCCGGCAUGCACGAGGCCCACAAAACAGGAUCGGGCAAAUACACGCUGAACUUUAAGACGGAGUACUUCGCGCCGCUGAGUUACGCGAACCCCCUGAAGGUGGUCUCACCCGAUAUUUUGCUCGCUGACGGUGUGAAUACAAAUUACGUGCGAGACAGAGACAACGUUGGCAUCUCGGCCAGUGCGAGCUGGACGUCGGACUUGAAAAAAGUGGAUUCGGUUUCGAAUGGAACCGCGAACGUGUUGGUGUCCCAACUUCAAGAGGCGAUCGUGGAUCAGUGCUGCUACAAACCCCAAAAUCAGUACGGAUGGAACAUUCCCGGAAUCUGCCCAACCAGUAUUUUUUAUGAAACGAUAUUGCUAUUCAUAUUCUUUGGUUUUUUUCUGCCUGUGUACUUUUCCAUCCGCUCCGUCUUCUACACUCUGUGUGCAUGAUGUUGUGGUCAUACACAUAGUAUUAUUGUACUUAAUUGUUGUUGUUGUUGUUGUUCUGUAUCGUCAUCCACCGGGCAGUUAACGGUUCCAAGAACACGAGCUGCAUCAUAAAGCUAGCUGUUAAUAUUCACCAGCCACCUCGACCACAUCGACCACAACCUACUCGCCUCCUAAUGGACUGGUCUCGGUGGCGGAAACUGUGCCCUUGAAGUGCUCGCGUCCUGCCCAGGCGGUGGAGUGCUUCAAGAACCAGUGCAACUUUGAAAACAGCACGUGGGUGAAAGAAACAAAGGAAAUUUCCGACGUGCUUUCCGACGAGUAUAAUAGGGUGCAGGUUUGCUGUAUCCCGGAGGAAGAAAAGAACGGUGUUAGUGUAAUUUGAUGAAGACAGUAAGUGGCGCCAGCAUCUUCUCGCCAAAUAUUCCCUGCAUGACAGAAAAAAUCCACCAACUGCUAGUGCGGCAAAUGGAACAAGUUUCGGCAUUCAGAAAACAAAGGAGGCCUUGAAGUAGGAUUAUGUCCAGCAUAGCAAAUCGUUCAUCUUUCUUGCAUUGUUGGCAAUGGAAAGUUCUUACUAGUAGAACAGCUCAUGCGCUAACACAGGUUUUUUUUGUGGAUAUGGUGCCACAGUCCCAAUUUGGGACUCGCGCGUAUCACCACGAUCUGUCCAACCACAACCCUGCCGCCUCGCACUCAAACAUGUAAUGUCAAAUGGGACUGGUGGUAUGAGAUUGAUACGUCCAAGUAUGAAAUUAUGGAGUCAUAUCCUUCAGAAAAGCACACGCAUACCUGUUCGUCGUCGAUUUGUCAGGAUUUUCUGGCGUACCCAAAAGAACAACGUUUUUGCGUUCAGAAUUAGAAAAUUGUCGCCCCUUUUAAUGAUCUUGAUCCGCAUAAUAUCGAUCCCACGAUGAUAUGCAUUUUGAUAAGUGGCGAAAAAGCACCUCUCUUGCUGGCUCAGCGUCAGCGAGAGAGGUAGUGACACCAAUUUCUUAGCAACACAAAUAGAAAUACUAUAAGUAAGUAUUUUCUGGUAUGGGUGUGCUUUUCUGUAGCAUGCGUCACGGACGAGUUUUUUACAGGCCGGGUUGGACCCCGUCGACGUCAAAAACACAAAAGAAUGUGAGUCGCGCUGCGUCUCGGAUUCGGAUUGUCGAGGCUUCCGGACAACGACAGUGGUGCGAAAUGGUAUAGCUUACUCAUCCACUUGCAAGUUGUCAGGUUUUAUUUCUUGUCGGCGGUAGGUUCUUCUACACGUACGCAAUCAGGAGCAUCAUGAUCAUGUUGUCGCAACUUUAGUUUGAUGUGAUUUCAGUUUCUGUAGUUGUCUAUCGAGCUGGUAUACAAGAAGCGAUCUCUUCUACUUCCGCUCGUGCUUGUCGUGUCCGUUUCAAGCCUAUGCAUAGUACCUGCGCAGCACUACACAGGACGAGUAAGUCAUGAUUAGCGCAAGUAGUGUGCACCGUUGGCGGUCACGUCGAGAAAAAAUAUUUAAAAAAUACGUAAAAAUUAUACAGAUAAUGGCACUUCUCUGCCAAAUUCGGCGUGCGAAAUUCUGUCUCGCGUCACCGGGCAAAUGCCUCGCGCAAAGGAGCAGAGCGGUCAGACGGGCUCCGAGGGAUGGAAAAUCUUCGGGGAUUUUUCGGGAGGAGCUGCCACUCCCACCGUGCUGCGGUAUACUGCAGGGAGUUGCGACGAUCCCAUGGAGCCCACGAUUCCGUGUCUUCAGACCCCGGUGGACAAUGGAAAUUGUGACAGUGAUGGCACAACCACAACCGCUGCCCCAGUCACCCUGUUGACAAGCCGGACGCAGUUAGUCACUGGGAAUUCUCAUGAUCAGGGCGGACUACUUGUUGGCACAAUUACAGAUCCCACGCACGACAGCAGCUCCGCCAAGGUAGCGACGUUGAACACGAAAGCUGCAAAGCGAACGGGGCCUGGUCCUCGUGAGGACGAUGACGAGAAGAUGGAAGCGGGUCUUACAAGAACUUCCCGUGCUGCUGCUGCUGGUUCUGGAUCUUCUACCAACAAGCAGCUCACUUUCAACGUACCCCGUGCAAAAGUAUCGCGUUUGUAGGGAUUGCAUGAAAUAAGGUUUCGGCAGGGAGAUGAACACAGCGCAAUUAUGUACUUUUCAUAAAGAACAUUUUUAUGUUGAUAUGCGAGACAGAAAUCUGUGAUGCAGCAUCAGCAUUACGAUGAGUACGAGUGCGAUACUGUAACAAUGCAUAGAACGUGCAGAGUGGCAACAUGGAAAAGAAUAAGCAAGAACAGCUGCUCUAUUAACUGCAAAUAUGUCUGGGGGUGUAGUAGUCAUGCAAACUGGUGAUGAAGAGGUGUCCAGAAAGAGUCGUUAGAAGGAAUUUAAUCUCAUGCGAAUUGAGCAUGAUGUUCUCAAAACCUGCUACUUACGCUACUAGGGCCUCUGGGUGACGUAGAAACUUGAUGACAAUUAUUACAUGCACUUUUCAAGACCUAGACAGGUUUGCAUUUGAUAUAGCCGGGGGGACAUCACCAACUGCAAGGAAGGUGACGUUCAAUGUGAGAAAGCGAGCUAGUUUAUCAACAGGAAAUGCGUAGUCCCCAUCCCAGGAGAAGGAAAUGUUUGUAUUGCAAAACUUUCGCAAUCCCACGCAAACAUUUGCCACAGUGCCUGCAACAUCAGGAUCACAAGUUUGCGCUGCAGAAGAGCAAAAAUUUGUGUUUACUAAAGCGAAUGCUGCGCUAUCCAAAUUUGUAUUCUGCACUACCCGUACUUCGAAUGCUGCGCUAAACGAUAACGAGGACAAGUCCCAAAAACCCCUAGCAGCCCUUCCAUAUGCAAGAAAGAUGAUGAUGAUGAUGAUGAUGAUGAUGAUAGCCUCGCAAAAACAGCAGAACUUGUCAUGUAAAAGAUCCUUUGCAUGCCUAGAACAAGCUUCAAGCUGAAUCAGCGAGAUGCGUAGUCCUUUCAUGCAAGACAGAGACUUUGCGUCCGACAUGCUUCCCGCUCUAUUUCUUUGGGGAUGCGGGUGGGGCCGCACUUUCAGUUUGAUACGGGCGAAAAGUAGCAAAAGCGAGCUUCAGCGUAAAACCGGGGUCCUCCAAGACGGCAACUUUCGAGGUGACGCCGGGACGGGCAGUAUUCAAUCGGUUGUUCCACGCGUUCUUGAAGAAGUGAAAAAAAGGAUACGUUUAUACUUCUGUAUCCCUUCUUUCAUUGUGCGGAGGAGGAAACAAGGAAACGGGAGUCAAAGAACAAAGCUUCAUCGCUGUACGAAGAAGCUGCUUGAGAAAUUCACAAAAGUUUAAGGUUGGUGGUAGAGACCUACGUUAUUCGUUCAACUUUUUUCCUAAUUCUAGCAAAAACAUUUGUUCCGAGAAUUUGUUGUGAUUGGAUUUUGUCGAAUUAUAUGUAUAAAUAUUACCCUACCGCUGGCUACUAGUAACCAUAGUCAAUGAUGUAACACAAAAAAGUUUAAGUUAACUUGUUUCCGAAGAAACACGUGCUACAGGUAACCCACCCUUGCACAUAAUGAUAAACAGUUCGCAACAAAGAGGACUUCAAGAGAAGACUGCAAUGAGUUCAAAGUCUGGUAUGCAGGGUGUGCUUGUUGUCAUCUCUAGAUAUAGCAAUGACUUCGCCGUAGUAUUAAUUCUUUGAGCUUUCAGCUUUUUUUAAAACUCUACGCACUUCUAAAAAUAGAAGAGAUGCCGCUGAUUAUCAACGUGGAGAAUACUCCUAUGUCCCCAGAAUGGGGAGUAAAUCUUUGUCAUGCACAGAUCCCCUUCUAUUAUGCAUGGAAACAUCUGCCGCGUCCGUUCUCGUGCAUUGGCUAUCAGCAUGACAAAUUUUCGACCGUAAGUGGCGAUACAUCUGUGUCGGCGGCCUCCUCGGAAUGGAAUCCUACAAGGGGUUUCCAUGCGGAAAGUUUGCAAUGCAAACACUUCGAAGAGCUCUGGGGGCAGGGGAGGUUUUCAGAACAAUAAUUAAAAACGCAGAGCGUCGGGCAGGCUUUUUUCUAAUAAAUUCAGAAGUAGGUUCUCUCGUCGUCCUACAAUGCAGGAGGAGAAUCAACUAAUUUGCGAGCAUCACGAUGUCAUUCUCACUGCAAUGAGUUGAAUACCAGUCCUGAUCCCCACAGGGACGUUUGCAAAGUUUCCCUCUCCAGCACCUGUACAAAAAUGACGAUUAUUUUGGAUGUACUUACAUAGUUAGAAUUCCACCAAGGCGCGCGAAAAUCGAUGAAGCUGGGUUGCGUGCCGGAAGAAACCGAUACACAUUGUCGAAAAGAAAUAUAUAAUCGCAAAGCGAUUGCAAGAAGUAGAUUUCGCAUAGGAAAAAAAGUAGGAAUGUGGUGAAUUUCUUCAUCGAAAAAA